AACUUUAGUUCAACAGUAAAAUUCUUGUAUUUUGAAAGUUUUUUCUUUCAAAAAAUGAGUCAUAUUUUUAAAAUUGUCGUGGUAUUGACUUUGCUUGAGUAUCACGUGUUCCAAAGUGAGGCGGCUCCUUCAAAUACGGGUGCCCGGCAAUUGACGGUUGUAAAGCCAACCUUCAUAUCCACAGCGCAAUUUGUUGACCGUUGUGCGGUCUCAAAAAUGUUCACGCGUUCAAAUAUGCAAUCUCAAUUUGCUCGUGCACGUAUUAGCUCAAUGAACUUGCUAUCGCUUAAGGUCAAAUCAAUGUUACCCAAAACGUUGCACGGACAAACAUUCAAUCAAAACGCUCGCCGAACACCACGGGGAAAAGAAGUUAUCGAUGCAGUCAAAAAAAAUGAUUUAGUCGGUUUGUCAAAGCUCAUUGCCGGUCAUGUUGAUGUAAACGAAAGAGAUAAUGGCGGGAUGACAGCGCUGCAUUGGGCGGCCGAACAUGGUCAUAUUGAAGCUGCAAAGAUGCUCAUUGAAAACAAUGCCGAAAUUGAUGCAAGAGAUAAUUAUUUCAACACACCCCUGCAUAUAGCUGCUAGUUGCGAUUCUUUGAAGAUGAUGAAAUUUCUUGUUGAUCGAGGUGCUUACAUCUAUGCGCCUAAUUUGAUGAAAGCAUGCCCACUAAAACUAUGCACUAUAAGCAUCGAAAAUGUCCAUUCAAGUUUAAUGAAAGCAGCGGAGAAAGGCGAUAAGCUGUUUCACGCAGUUGAAUUAGGUGACUUGAAUUUAGUACAGCAGCUCAUUGGCCAAGGAGUGAAUAUUAAUUUUGAAAACCAGUAUGGAGAAACGGCGCUCACAUUGGCUAUUUUAAGCGGUCAUAAAGAAAUCGCUGACUGGCUUGUUAACAAUGGUGCUGAUGUAAAUCUCGAAUCUUGCGAUGGCACGACUCCAAUUGAUCUCGCUAAAAAUAUCGGUAUGUCACUUCCUCUUUCCAAAACGCCCAAUUGGAUAUCAAUAAUAACAUCUGCGCGGAAUACAAUUAACAAAUGGCUUGUUAACAAUCCGGCAAAGGAAAAAAUUAAAGCGGCACAAAAACAAAAUGGGCACGAUUUAACUUGGAUUGCCUAUCAUCGCCUUAACGAUAUUAUCUCGUUUCUGAACUAUUUGCGUGCAAAAUAUCCAAAACUUUGUUCGCUCCACACCAUUGGUGAAUCGUACGAAGGACGGCCGCUCAAAGUAUUGAAAAUAUCGAAUGACAACAAAAAUAAUAAAGCAGUUUGGAUUGAUGGUGGCAUUCAUGCUCGUGAAUGGAUUAGCACAUCUGCAGUUACUUACAUUGCGAAUGAAUUGCUUAAAAAUUGGAAUAAACCACAUAUUCACAAUAUAAAUUGGUAUAUAUUGGCCGUUCACAAUCCAGACGGUUACGAGUAUUCGCACGAAAUUGACCGGCUUUGGCGAAAGAAUCGUGCACCGAUUGAUCAGUGCGAUGCCAUUGGGAUCGAUUUGAAUCGAAACUUUGAUUUUGAAUGGGGCAAAGGUGAUAGAGUUCGCAAUCCAAACGACGAUACAUACGGUGGAACACAGGCUUUCUCUCAGCCUGAAACAUUGGCCGUCAAAAAGUUCAUAUUUGAAACAUCUAAAGACAAAUUCAACGCAUUCAUCAGUUUCCACAAUUAUGGUCAAUACGUAAUGUACCCUUCUGACGAUGAUAAAGAUGUAAAACGUGUUGGGAAGGAGGGCGCGAAGCGCAUGAAAGCGGUAGACAAUCGAAAUUAUAAAGUUGGAACAGGACAGUCGAUGUUUAAUGCUUUACCGACGGGAGUCGCUAGUGAAUGGGCCAAGAGUAUUGGCAUUAAAUACAGCUAUACAAUUGAAUUGCGUGACACAGGACGUUAUGGAUUCCUUUUGCCACCAAAUUUUAUCGAAAAAACAGUAAAAGAAGCAAAAGCAUUUAUUUGGACCGUUUCGGAAACCAUUUUUAAUGAAUUCAAAUGAAUUUUAAUCAUUACAUGAAUUUUCAAAUUUUUAAGUGGACAUAAAAUAUCAGUCGAUGAUCUUCUGCCAUUUUGUGGGUAUCAUCACAGAGACCGAAACAAAUGAUAUUUUGAAAGUCAAAGAAAAAACAAAACCAUUAAAGAUUGAUAAAAUUACAGAUAUAUGAAUCGAUCACCAAUCAGAGCGACACGUUUGAGAACUAAAAAACUUGAAUUAAAAAGAUUUUUUCCAUGAAUCCGUCUGAUUAAUUUUUUCUUGCAAUAAAACAAGAAAAACAAGUCAU